AUGGCACUCUACCAUACCAAGGAGGCCCUUCGCGCCUGCGAGGUUGUGCCAGAAGGUACUGUGGUUACCGUCAAGGAGCCAUUCUACCACAUGGAGGACGACGGCCGCUACGUUCUUCGGGUCGAUCAUCCGUCCGACAUGGUGGUCCUGGGUCAAAGCCACAAGCUAUAUCCCGAACAGUGGAGAGAUCGUGAGGAGACUCAGAUGACGGCUCUGGAUUGGAAGUUGGAAGGAGACAAAGCCUUCGACCGGGACGAGUACCCGGAAGCACACCGAUGGUAA